AUGUCAACAAAACUUGAAUUUAUACAAUUCACCUCAACUCGAUGAUUUGAUCAGAUUGAUAAGAGGAAGGUUGACCACAUGGCUUGUUUAGCAGUUACAAAAAGCUUUUUAGCUGUUUGCUCCAGGAACAAAGCUAUUGUCACAACCUUGAGUGGCAAAUUAUGUUUGAAGUAUGAGGUUUUAGAGAAAGAAGUUGAGGAAAAAGCUGAUACAAAUGGAGGUUCCAAUGCAAAUAAUGGAAAAGGCAGCCUAUAUAUUGUUGACUGCAAAUUUUCACCAAGUGGAAAAUAUUUUGCAAUAUGCACAUCAUCAAAAAUGCUAUUAGUAUGGGAUACAUCUACCUGGAGUCUUGAAUUUAACAGGCACAUUCCAAGAAAGCCUAUGAAGUUGGUGUUUUCCAAAACAGAGGAUGCCCCACUUAUAGCUGAUAAAGCAGGAGAUGUCCACAGAAUUUAUUUGAAAGAUGAAAAAGUUGAACAUCUUAUUGGACAUUUAUCAGUUAUCCUAGAUAUGGUUCUGACAUCAGAUGAUACCAGAAUCAUUACCACAGACAGAGAUGGAAAAAUUCGAAUGAGCCAUUUUCCAAACUGUUAUAAUAUCGAUAAAUUUUUCAUGGCUCAUGGCAGUUUUGUGUCAUCAGUGGCCCUUGACGCCAGUGAAAAAUACCUUUUAUCAAUAGAUGGAGAUGGGAAUUUGUUUCUUUGGAAUAAAGUUUUAGGUAGUCAUUGUGAUAUAAUCAAUUUACCAAAUGAGGAUGGCUCUGUUCCUCGGCGCAUUUGUGUAGAUGAUGAAAGGAGGGUAUUUAUUAUCCUUGACGGAAUGAAGAAAAUUUUACAUUACCAUAUCAAAGAUGAGAAGUUGGAGAAACAAGAGGAUAUCACUUUGGCACACGUACCCCUCGACAUUCAAUGCAAUGGCAAGGACCUUUGGGUUUUGCAGCACAGUAAAAGCGAACCAGUGCUGUCUUUUCAUUUUGGUUUAGAAUCAAAGUUUUCAGAGAUGAAGAUAUCUUGUUUCAAUGAAAAAAAAGAAUUCUUAGAUGAACCACUCAAGCUAGAACCCUGGAAAUGCCAAAGCUGGUCAGACAAUCAACCUUAAUUUGGCAACAACAAUAUUUGUGAGAAAAUCAAUCCUGCAACUGGUUGUUAAUUUAGAAAAAAUUACAGCAAGAAAAGACUUUGGAAAGACUUGAUUUUUGAUAAAUGGUUAAUAACGAAUUUCAGCUUUGAUGUCAAGAGGCUGUUCAGAGAUAAACGGCAUUCUGCAACAUGGAUUUAUAUAGACUGUGAAUUUUGUAUUUUACAUGUAUAGUUGGAUUAAGAAAAAAUUGCAUUGUCACAAUGUGUCCUGUAAACGAAAUAUGUCAUCCAGAAAAAAGGAAGGAUUGAAAGCUAACUAAAGGAUAAACCAAGAUAUACCUUUGAGAGCAGAAAACCAAAAGGCAAAAAUAGAUCUGAUCUCGCUUAAGUAAAAAAUUGUCAUGUAAUUGUUUCUCAUGCACAUUUUUUGCUUGUUAGAGUGUUGUCUGAGUCUAAUUUUGCGAAAGUAAAAGAAAUUAGUCGUAUGCUAAUCCUAAAUGAUAUGUCGUAUGCAGAGUUUCUUUAUUGUAAUUAUCUAUAUGGGGUAUCAUGGAAAUUGACGUGUCGUACUUUUUGUGAUGAAACCUGAGAUGAGUUUCAAUUAAUAAAGAUAAUAGGUGUAUAUACGUCAGUAAAGAUAAAGUAGACUGAUUUUGACCCUACAAUGCCUGCCAAAAGUACUUGGAACACCCAGCAAUUUACGCUGCAUUUGAUAUCUUUCAUUCCUUUCAUGAAAAAAGUUGCUACUUCCACCCCCUUCCUCC